AUGUAAAGUAUUGUAAAGGUGGCGCUCCAAAAACGAAACCGAAAGCCUACUUAAACUAUUCUGAGUAAUGAAAAAAAAAACAAUCCUUAAAUUUGUAUGUGAGUGUGUGUGUGUGUGUGAUUAUUGUGUGUUAAUGUGUAAGCUCAGGAAUAGUAGGCUAACCCUGUUGUUCUUUGAGCUGUGCUUUAAUUGAUCAGAGACACCAUUUCAUUCCAGCGCUUGGUUAAAAAAAUAAAAAUAAACCCACAACUCAAAUGGGCCAUAUAUAUUCUUACUUCUUUCAAGCUAGAGAUAUUCUGUAUGAAUUGAAGAUAUUCUACUUCCUAGUCCAUGCCUCCCGCAGGACGACGGGGUAUGGCAGCGGGUAGGGAGGGUAUGAACCAUGGGACAUCGUAACAACCGAACCCCAAUCCCACGUGCAUACCUCAUGACCAGGCAGUGAAGUGAAAGAAAUAACGUGUACAAACUUUGUACCAGACAUACAGAGUGAGUUGAACUUUGUACCAGACAUGCAGAGUGAGUUGAACUUUGUACCAGACAUGCAGAGUGAAUUGAACUUUGUACCAGACAUGCAGAGUGAGUUGAACUUUGUACCAGACAUGCAGAGUGAGUUGAACUUUGUACCAGACAUGCAGAGUGAGUUGAACUUUGUACCAGACAUGCAGAGUGAGUUGAACUUUGUACCAGACAUGCAGAGUGAGUUGAACUUUGUACCAGACAUGCAGAGUGAGUUGAACUUUGUACCAGACAUGCAGAGUGAGUUGAACUUUGUACCAGACAUGCAGAGUGAGUUGAACUUUGUACCAGACAUGCAGAGUGAGUUGAACUUUGUACCAGACAUGCAGAGUGAGUUGAACUUUGUACCAGACAUGCAGAGUGAGUUAAACUUUGUACCAGACAUGCAGAGUGAGUUAAACUUUGUACCAGACAUGCAGAGUGAGUUGAACUUUGUACCAGACAUGCAGAGUGAGUUGAACUUUGUACCAGACAUGCAGAGUGAGUUGAACUUUGUACCAGACAUGCAGACUGAGUCGAUAUGGUCUUUGGAAAAACAAAACAAAACAAAAAUGCACGUGUCUUUAUUGCGUGUUUCAAUGUGCACCUUCUAAGAGCAUCAAGUUCAGUGGGCGACCAGGAAAAUGGGCGACACCAUUAAAAUCAAGUUAAACAUGUGCAGUUUUCAUGUUGUUGGUUGGUCGUUGACUUGUAGCCCCAGACUGCUAGCAGAUCUACAACUAAACCAAUGUAGGCGUAUUAUUUAUUUUAAACUAGAAAAACGUUUUUAAAAUUCAUUUUUUUAAAGACAAUACCUCAAUUAAACAACUUAGGCUAGAAUUUAAAAAAAAACAAUAUUAAAAAAUAAUAAUAAUAAACUAUCCUGUGUCUAACUUGUGACUUUGACAAAGUUCAUUGAACGAACGAUUUUACCCAUUCGGCCAGCCGGAAUUAAAGAUUGUAUCUACCUGAGAAAAUAUUUAUUGGUGUCAAGUUUUUUUUUUCUACUUUCCUGCUGUUGGCCUUGUUGACGUAAGCUGUGUCAAGUUUUUUCCACUUGAUGUCAUAUGGAAAAUUUUCAUUAAUAAAACAUUCAAGCCAAACUUAUAUUUUCGAUAAACAUUUUCAAACCGAUAUAACGGUCGACCUUAAGUUUUCCUCUUGUGGUCAAGGACUCGAGAUUUUUUUCUCUCAUGUAAAUACAUAGACCUUGAAAUUUUAAAGAAAAUCGUUUGAGCCGUUUUCGAUAUAAAAUAUAUAUACAGGAAUUGCUCGCUUAAGAAUAUUAGAUAAUAUCAUCAAUGAAACUAUUUUUUCUUUGCCUUCUUGUGUAACAUUAAAUUUUGGUGAAAAAUA